GUAACGGAAUACAGGAUUUACGCAGCAUUGGAACUUGAAGCAAAAGAAGAAGAAAAAAUAAUAAUAAAUAGCACUAAGAAGUAAGCACUGAGUGAAUGCAUAAAAUUAGAAAAACUAGAAGCGCUGCUACUGACUGAAUUUUGCAAAAAUGCUCUCUGCGAUACUUCCAAUGUCCCUUACGUCCGCCAUGUCUGCCAAGGCCUCCUUAGCCUUCUCACGUCGCAUGCUUCCUCCCGCCAACCGCCUCUCUCCGCCGUCACUCGCCGCCGUCUCACUCUCACGCGCUCCUCUCACGUUGAGGUGCUCGUCACUCUCGAGCACUUCCCAUGUUGAGGAAGAGAGAAAGUUUGUAGAUGCUUCAAAGAAUGGGAACUUGAUUCCUCUCUGUCAGUGCUUAUUCUCUGACCAGCUUACUCCUGUUCUUGCAUACAGAAUUUUGGUUAAGGAGGAUGAUCGGGAGGCUCCAAGCUUUCUCUUUGAGUCUGCAGAGCCUAGUUUGUCAGGGAGCGUUGGUCGCUAUAGUGUUGUGGGAGCACAACCAACGAUGGAAGUUGUGGCAAAAGACAAUAAGGUUACAAUAAUUGACCAUGAAUCUGGGAAUUUAACCGAGAAAAUUGUUGAUGACCCUAUGAUGAUUCCAAGAAAAAUCUCAGAGGGUUGGAAACCCUAUCUCAUUGAUGAGCUUCCAGAUGCAUUCUGUGGUGGUUGGGCAGGUUAUUUCUCAUAUGACACAGUUCGUUAUGUGGAAAAGAAAAAGCUACCAUUUUCAAAAGCUCCUAAGGAUGAUAGGAACCUCGCUGACAUACAUCUAGGCCUCUAUGAGAAUGUGAUUGUGUUUGAUCAUGUUGAAAAGAAAGCAUAUGUGAUACUUUGGGUGAGGGUUGAUCGGUACGCUUCAGCUGAGAGUGCUUACAAGGAUGGAAUGGAACGAUUAGAUAAAUUAGUGGCAAAAUUACAAGAUGGCCAACCGCCAAGGCUUGCUCCAGGCUCUGUGGAUUUACAUACUCAGCAAUUUGGUCCACCUUUAGAGAAGUCAAGCAUGACAAGAGAAGCAUACAAGGAGGCAGUCCUUCAAGCAAAAGAACAUAUCAAAGCAGGGGAUAUUUUUCAGAUUGUAUUAAGUCAGAGAUUUGAACGAAGAACAUUUGCUGAUCCAUUUGAAAUUUAUAGAGCACUGAGAGUUGUGAACCCAAGUCCAUAUAUGUCCUAUGUGCAGGCUAGGGGAUGUAUUCUGGUUGCUUCAAGUCCAGAGAUUCUUACGCGCAUUAAUAAGAAUAAGAUUGUGAACCGUCCAUUGGCUGGGACUUCUAGAAGGGGGAAAACACCUGAAGAAGAUGCAAGAUUAGAAGCAAUACUGCUGAGAGAUGAAAAGCAGUGUGCAGAGCAUGUCAUGUUGGUUGAUUUGGGACGCAAUGAUGUUGGAAAGGUUUCAAAAAGUGGUUCUGUUAAAGUGGAAAAGUUCAUGGAUAUUGAACGAUAUUCUCAUGUCAUGCACAUAAGUUCAACGGUUACUGGAGAGUUGCAAGAGCAUUUGACUAGUUGGGAUGUCUUACGAGCUGCAUUGCCUGUUGGAACUGUCAGUGGAGCACCUAAGGUGAAGGCGAUGGAGUUGAUUGAUGAGUUAGAGGCAACAAGGAGGGGACCCUAUAGUGGAGGAUUUGGAUACAUAUCAUUCUGUGGUGAGAUGGACAUUGCUCUUGCUCUGAGGACAAUGGUGUUUCCAAGCGGAACCAGGUAUGACACAAUGUACUCAUACAAAGACAUUGAAUGGCGUCGAGAGUGGGUUGCCUACCUUCAAGCCGGUGCCGGCAUAGUCGCCGACAGUGAUCCUGACGAUGAAUACCAAGAGUGCCAGAACAAAGCUGCUGCUCUUGCGCGUUCUAUUGACUUGGCUGAGUCUGCAUUUGUUCAUAAAUGGCACAACUGAUAUAUAGAUACUACAGCCAAGCUCCUCAUUGUAUAGGUGAAGCUUCAUGUUUAUUAGACAAAUAUUUAAACAUCAUUGUUUUUCAUGUCAACGAUAUAGUAAUCUUUUUAAAAUACCAUUAAUUAGAUAAAAGCUUGUUAACUUUUCUACUGCC